UACAUCAUAAUGUUCAUCACAAGAAUUAAUAGAAAAUCAGUCGCAUAUUAAAUUGUAGGAUUUAUCUUAUCUUUGUUGUAAUAAAAAUGAUUCGAAAAGCGUAAUAAGUUCACAGUGAAAGAGAGAAAUAUAUGUUUUUUUAAGCGUAAAUGAUUACCAGUCUUUUUUAUUCUGUCAUUUCUAUUUAUAUUGGCAAGUCGCGUUAAUUAUCGUGGUUGUUGAAACCUGUUAUUUUCGCUUACAUCGCAUAAACCUUCGCACAAAAAGUAGAACAAUUAAAAUCAGACGAAAGUUUUAAAAAUUGAUUCAUUCCUGAUUCAAUAAUAUAAAGGAAUAUAAAAUCUCGACUAAAGUGUCAAUUGCGUCAGUUGGAGGUCAACAUUGUGCAGUAUAUGCAGUAAGAUGGCAGGCUUACUGCUGUGUGUAACGCGCAUUUUAUUUUUAUUUCUCUUUAAUUCGGCCCUUGUAUCUUCUGGUCCUGUGAACAAACCAGUACAAAAUGUCCCGGAGGCUUUAAUUCAAAGUGCCUUGAAUUCUUUGAAUCAGGAUUCUCCGACGCAUCAUACAUAUAAGGGCGGUAACCUGAUUAGCGCGCAAAAAUUGGAAGAAUCUCCAUAUAUAAUAUAUAGACUCACAUUUGAUUUAACUCCUACUUGCAAAGAAGCAUUAGAACCUUGUCCUCGAGAAGCAUGUACUGUGGAAGUGAAACAACACGAAUUGGGAGAUAUAAAUGUUUUAAGAGAAUCCAUACAAUGCAUGUAUUUGUAUCCUCAAUCUGUACAGGAUGACCCACUGCAAGUACAAGAAAAUGCUCAGGAUCAAGAUCAUAUUAUUGAAAAUUUAGAUAGACAAAUUAUCAAUAACCAAAGUGUUGAGUUAGAUCAUGAAAUUCAGAAGGAUGGAGAUCAUAGUGAAAGACCAUUCAUAGCAAUGAGAGCUUCUAGCCCUAAUUAUUGUCCAGGAUGUCCAUAUGAGUUAAAUCCAAAUUUGCCUGGAUUUGUUGUUUUUGGAGAACAAGUAGUGAAAUCAAUGGAUGAAUUGAUACAAAAUGAUUUCAAACACAAAGUAGUUGAUAUUAUCAAAGUAACCCGUGCUGUCCCACCUUCGUCUAACAUUAUACAAUAUCAAAUUUUAUUAUAUAUAGGAGAAUCUAACUGCUUGAAAAAUGCAAUAGAACAGUCAGAAUGUUCUGUACAACCAAAUCUUCCUGUCAAGAUAUGUUUGGUAACAUUUGAAGAGCAACCUUGGCAGCAAUCUAGCCGUAAAAUAAUAAAGAAUAAUUGCACUAUGGAUGCUAAUGAAGAAAUUAAGAACAGUAUUAGUUCUUAUUCAACAUUAAAUAGUGAAUCACUUGUAACAUCAGUAUCCAACAAAGAAAAAACAAAUUAUGAAAAAUUUGAGGCUCUAGAAAAUUUGAAAGAUAUUCUUGAUAAUUAUACUUAUUCCACAACAAAAAAAUUGGAAGAAUCAGAACAAUCAGAAGUGACGGAACAUCCUAUUCUAAAAAUUUCCAUAAACAGAAGUGAUGAUGAUGUUAAACCUCAAGGAUUUGAAGAUAAAGUAAAAGAAUUUGAUGAAUUUCUGAAAAAUUUUGAUUUACCUACAACCCAAACUCAAUCGAUUCCAGAAAUAAACAGAGAAGAAGUCAGAGAAGAAAUCAUUUAUCCAAAGAAGGUAGAUUCUGCAAAUAAUAAACCAUAUUUAUAUAGAAACAAAAGAGAAGAUCUUGUAGGUGCACCUAGUAACGUAAAUGUCAAUGAUCCCACAAUAAAAGAACUUGCAAAUAAGGGUCUCAGAAAAUUUUCAGAAAAUUCUGAAGGUUCAAAUGAGCCUAUAAUAGUAGAAAUUGUUGAUGCCUCACAACAAGUAGUGUCUGGAAUGUUAUAUAAAAUAAAAGUUAAAUUAGGUACAAGCAGUUGUCCAAAAGGCACGAAAAAUGGUUGUCAAUUGAAAGAAGGAACUGAAAUUAAAGAAUGUUUGUUCAGUAUAUGGUCUCAGCCAUGGUUAGAUAAAGGAUCCCCACAAAUUACUAUCAACUGUGAUUCAAGUAAUCGCCAAAAACGAUCUUUGCGAGGCAGUCAAUACAAUCAAAAAAUGUUAAAAUUAGCUGACGAAAUAAAAGAUGAGGCGUUAUUCGAAGUUUUUAUUAAAAAAUUUGAAAAAACAUAUGAUUCAGCUGAUGAGAAACGAGAUCGUUUUAAAAUAUUUAAACAAAACUUAAAAAUUAUGAAAGACUUACAAACGUUCGAACAAGGAACAGCUGUAUAUGGCAUUACAAUGUUCGCAGAUCUUACAGCUAAAGAAUUUAAAGCUCGUUAUCUAGGUCUUCGUCCGGAACUAAAACAUGAAAACGAAAUACCUCUCCCUGAAGCUGAGAUACCAGAUGUUCCCUUACCAUCCAAUUUCGACUGGCGCGAUCAUGGUGUAGUUACACCUAUAAAAGAUCAAGGCCAGUGUGGAUCAUGCUGGGCAUUUUCCGUAACUGGAAAUGUGGAAGGACAAUAUGCAAUUAAACAUAAUCAACUAUUAUCUUUAUCUGAACAAGAAUUAGUAGAUUGUGAUACUUUAGAUGAAGGAUGCAAUGGAGGAUAUAUGGAAAAUGCUUAUAAAGCCAUAGAAAGAUUAGGAGGUCUCGAAUUAGAAUCCGAUUAUCCUUAUGAUGCUAGAAAUGAAAAAUGUCACUUCUUUGAGGAUAAGGCUAAAGUACAAAUUGUCAGUGCUGUAAAUAUUACAUCAGAUGAAAAGAAAAUGGCACAAUGGCUAAUCAAAAAUGGUCCAAUUUCUAUUGGAAUUAAUGCCAAUGCCAUGCAAUUUUACAUUGGAGGAGUUUCACACCCAUUUAAUUUCUUAUGCAAUCCUAAAAACUUAGAUCACGGAGUUUUAAUUGUGGGAUAUGGCAUUAGCAAAUAUCCUUUAUUUCAUAAAGAAUUACCAUAUUGGAUAAUAAAAAAUAGUUGGGGUCCACGAUGGGGCGAGCACGGUUAUUACAGAGUCUAUAGAGGAGAUGGUACCUGUGGAGUUAACACAAUGGCUUCAAAAAAAAUGUCUUCAAUGUAUGUGAGUUUUAUGCUGAUUUACGACAAAAUUCAGAUUCUAGUUACAAAUGCGAAAUUACAACAUAUAAAAUAAUGUGCAUCUGUAACAUAAAAAUAAUACCAACUAGAAUUCCUACAACUGAAUAUGUUAUAGAAAUCAUAAUUGGGAUCGGAAGGAGGUGGAUACUGUUGAUAACCCUGUUGAUAUCCACCUUGACCACCAUACUGACCACUUUGAAAUUGUUGCUGUGACUGAUAAGGUCCACUUGGACCGCUACUAUACUGAUACGAUGACUGCGAACUUACAGAAGGCGGAGGUGCUUUGUCUAAAUCUGCUCUUCUACGUUCCAAAUUUAUUCUUCGAUAUGCCACUUGUAACAUAUUCGGUAUUACAUUAUCAAUAUUUUCCAAUAUAUUUGCUGCCUUCUCAAAAUUUCCCUGACCCUCUUCAAAUGUUGCCCACUGUAGAUGUAAAUUUGGUUUCUUCGGCACGGGUCUCUUCAUCAGUUGGCGGAAGUUCAUGUGGCGGUGGUUCUUCGCCAGGUGGUGCAUCAUCUGCUGCUGAAGUAGAAGUAUUGUCAUCCGACUUCAGAAGUGCUUUCACUUCAGCACGCAAUGCAAGAAAAUCGUCAACAUUUAAAAUACGAUUGGGUAAAUUUGAAGAAACGAACUCUUGAAAUGCAUCAAAAUGAGAAAUAUAACCAAGUGUUGGAGUACAUAAUAGACGAUCAUAUAAUGCUGUUACUUUGCUUAAACGUUUUCCUUCCAGUUCCCAUUUUAUAUAGCUCUCCCAAAGACGAUCAGAUCUUAAUAAAAAGAAUAUUGUAAAUAUUCUAAUACAAUUCAAGAUUGUAUGCGCAUGAAAUUAAAGAAAAUUCGUACCUGAAUUCAAGACCACAUGCCUGGAUAGCUCUUUCAUAUUGUUCUCGAAGUUUCUCUUCAUCUUUUUCAUAGACGGUUUUGCAGUGGUUAAUGUAAUGAAGCCAAAGAUCGACACUGAGUGAAAUAGCUUUCAGACCUUGGUCGAAUACCUGUAGUAAUGGUUUGCAAUCACAUUUAGAACGAUUUAUAAAUGAUUGGGCUGGUGGUGGGUAGACUUAUACCUAUUUCUUUUUUGUUUUUUGUUUUUUUUAGCUUUCGAUAAGCAUUACGGUUUUUAGCAACGUAUACUCACAUAUCAUACGCAUACUGUAAAUAAAGAAGUUUAAUUAACACAGAGAUUGCAGAGCAUUGUGCAUUCACCUUAAAGUCAAGGAGUGUUCCAAUCUGGGUGCCUCUGUGUCUUCUGCCACUUUUUCUUGCUCCCUCUCUGGCAUGUUCACGUCCUAAGUCUUUGUUUCUGACUUUGAUUUAACACCCAACCCAAUCUUACUUACAUUAAGUAAGGUACCGCAUCUUAUGCUUAAGUUACAAUACUUUCUGUAGUAAGCUAUGUGUACAAAUGCUUACAGUAAAUAUUACACACAAUUUCUUGCACGGUAAUAUCGCAAAUUGAAACAACUAGCCUUCGCUUGACUUACGUAUCAUACGUAGAAUAUUGAUAUAACGGUAUAAGUAAAACAUUAAUAUACGCAAUAAUAUUGUAGAUAUCGCAGAAUAA